AUGGUCUGCCUCCAUACUGGAAGUAUCCUGGGCUGGCUUUUCUUCCUCCUCCUCGCCCGCCAGACCUCGCUCGAUUCUCAAUCCGUUACUCCACUAAGUGUUAUCCUUGCAAUGCACAUUAUCCGGAUGCUCGUCGUAAUUUGCAUGAGUGGCCGCGACUCAAACCAUAUUAGCUACAAAACCGUCCCGAAAGACACGUCCUGGCUCUUUGUGGGCCCCGAAUUCCACGCCCUCCAUCACGUCCACCCAGAUCGGUACAUGGGCUCCGUGGUGAAGUUCUUCGACUGGAUAGCCGGAACCGCGUACUCCCUGCGCGGUAAGAACGUCGUUAUCACUGGCGCUUCAGGGGCGUUCGGAUCGGCGAUUAUACGCCGGUUACAGGCUGAGGGUGUUCGAGAUAUCACGGCGUUGAAAUUCGGUACGCACUGGACGCAUGACGACUUCAGCCGCGUUGGGAAUGUCUUGAGUCAGGUCCAGCCGGAUAUCCUCAUCCUGGCGCACGGCACUAAAGGCGAGGACGCAAUGGGCGCCAACUGCAACGACACCAUCCGCCUUAUCCAGCUGUCCCUUUCCCAUAAACAAAACGUCCGCCAGAAGAACGAGAACGCAAAGAAGACCCUCCCCGAGAUCUGGUACGUCGGCAGCGAGAUCGAACUCCACCCGGCCUUUGGAAAUCCCGAAAUGCAACGGUAUCUCGCCUCGAAGCGGGCGUUCUUGCCGUAUGCCCGGGCGCUGUAUGACGAUUCGCGCGUUGUAUACCGGCAUAUUGUCCCUGCUGCGUUUCAGUCGCGAAUGGGGAGGGCAAUUGUGUCUGCGGACUGGGCUGCGGGUGUUAUGAUGUGGUGGAUUCGCAGGGGGGCGAGAUAUGUGCCUGUUACGUAUACGGGGAUGGCGUACUUGAAUUUUUUGAAGUUUUAUUUCUGGGUUCGGCCGGAGUAUAGCUGGGAUAAUGGGACUGGGAGCGGGAUUAUGGAAGUGCACUCAUGA